UUCAAAAGUGAAAGUGUUUACAAAGGCACGGGAGUUUCCGUGCUUUCUUCAGUUACAUCAGCGUUCCAAAAUACGGUAGAAGCACAUUUUGUUGCGCAUAACUUCAAAAAACAGACGUUUUAGAAGAAGUCUACGACCACAUUGAGUUGCCUGGAGGAAAAGUUAUCAAACUAACGUGUGAUUAAUCAAGCCCACAUUUGUCUUUUUGAUUAGGCUUUUAAAAAAAAAAUAUUCUAGUGAACAAACCGCCAUUACGGACCGAAUCCUGUUCAAAUCUAUAUUUAAACAAUGGAUUCACCAAAGUGCCUGAUCGACAACGUGGAUGGUGUGCUUCGACCUGUCCCAGAUGCCAUCGACCACCUUAUGAAGAUCCGUCAGCGCGUCGUCGUAGUGGCGGUGGUCGGGUUGUACCGCACCGGCAAGUCUUACCUCAUGAACAAGCUGGCUGGCAGGAACGACGGAUUUGCCCUGGGAUCCACCAUACAGUCCAAGACUAAGGGCAUCUGGAUGUGGUGUGUGCCUCAUCCUAAACAAGCUGACCACACUCUGGUGCUGCUGGACACAGAGGGACUAGGGGAUGUAGAGAAGGGAGAUUCCAAGAACGAUGCCUGGAUUUUCUCCCUGGCUAUUCUGCUCAGCAGCACUCUGGUCUAUAACAGUCGAGGGACCAUAGACAACCAGGCUGUGGAGAACCUCCAAUAUGUGACUGAGCUGUCAGAGAGAAUCAAGGUGAAGUCCCCCAGCGAUGCUUCAUCCAGUGAGGAGGAGGAGGAGGAGGGAGGGGAUGCCCAGUUUGUCCAGUUCUUUCCUAACUUUGUCUGGGCAGUCAGAGAUUUCACUCUGGACCUCAAAAUUGAUGGUAAAGACGUGACUGCGGAUGGGUAUCUGGCGCACUCUCUGGAACUCAAGAAAGGUAAGGACAAGAAGACCAUGAACUACAACCUCCCGCGAGAGUGCAUCCGCAAUUACUUCCCCACACGCAAGUGCUUUGUGUUCCCGAUCCCUACUUCCUCUGCAAACAUGUCCCGACUGGAGUCCAUAGAUGAGAAGGAACUCUACCAAGGCUUCAGGGAGACCACAGACACUUUCUGCAACUACAUUUUUCAGAUGAGCCACGUGAAAACUGUCAAAGGGGGCGUAGUAGUUACUGGUAGAAUGCUUGGCCACUUGGUCAAAAUGUAUGUGGAGACCAUCUCCCAGGGUGGAGUUCCCUGUCUGGAGAACGUGGUGCUGGCCGUGGCCCAGAUAGAGAACCAGGCAGCGGUGGAGGAGGGGCUGAAGCUGUACCAGAGCUGCAUGGAGCCGCUGAAGACCCGGUUCCCAGUGGACAUGGACCAGAUGUCAGAUCAACACCAACGCGCUGACCAGCAGGCCACCCAAGAGUUCAUGAACCGUUCCUUCAAAGAUGAAAAUGGGGAAUACUUGAAAACCCUGGGGAAUGGUAUUAAAAAGCACUACGAGGAACUUCUAACCCAAAAUGAAGAAGCUUCAGAGAAGAAGUGUCAGGAUCUGCUGAGGGAUCUCUCCGCUCCGGUCUCACAGAAGAUCCAGGACGGGUUCUUUGCCAAACCAGGUGGCUACGAGCUUUACUGUGAUCUCCAUGACAACUUGGUGGCAUUGUAUCGUUCCACACCCAACAAAGGAAUCCGGGCUGAGGAGGUUCUGGAGCGGUUCCUGAAGGAGAAGAGUGUUGAGUCCAACUCCAUCUUACAAGCUGACCAGAAACUUACUGACAGCGAGAAGAAGAUCCAUGAGGAGAAGGAGAAAGCUGCUUUGCUGGAGCAGGAGAAGAAAGCUACAGAGAAGAAAUAUGAAGAGAUGGAGCUCAAAAUGGAGGACGAUCGCAGGAGCCAGGAGGAGAAGAUGAAGAAGAUGGAGCAGAAAAUGAAGGAGGAGUUUAGGCAACAGCAGGAGGAGUUCAACAGGGCUCUAGAUCGCAAGCUCAAGGAGCAGAAGGAUCUUCUGGAGCAGGGUCACAAGCAGAAGGCUGACUUGAUGAGGAUGGAAAUCGAGGCCUUCAAAAGGAACAACAGGCCACCUCCCCCUGGUCCAGGCUGUGUAAUUCUCUAAAAACCAUUCAGAAAGUUCCAUGAUGUCUCAAGAGGAAGAGCAAGUACUGCAUACACCAAGGCCUUACCUGAGGGGCCCGGGUUCGAUUCCAGCCUGGGCAGUUUCCUGCAUCUCGACCCCCGUCUCUUCCUGAUUUUUCUUUCUGUCAAAUAAAUAAAGCUGAAAACAACACAAUUUAUUUCAAAAACAAAAAGAUUUAAUAAGACUUCUUUUAAUAUAACGCUUGCAUCUUAACUCAAUAAAGGUUUACCUAUAAUAGGAGUGCUAACACAUUUAUAUCCAUGACAAUCCCAAGAAGAUCAAUAAAGUUUGAUGGAAUUCC